AUGUCUUCCUCAUCCUUCACCUCAGGAAAUUAUUACAGACGACGUAGGAAUACGGAAAGAGGAACGCCGAAAGAGUGUUGGUGUGGUGCACCAUCUGACAUUUUUACAUCUGGAAGCGAAACAAAUCCAGGAAGAUUGUACUAUUGCUGUGCAAAAGGAUAUCAUAAGAGUCAUUUAUUCAAAUGGGCGGAUGAGUGCUUGGUGGAAGAGGUUGAAGAUAUUAAGGCAGUGAUAAAUGGCAUGAAUAUAGACAUCUCGGAGUUGCGAGUUAACGUUGCUCGGUUGGCGAAUGGAGUAAAGACAGAAUCUGAGAGAAAAGGAGGCGAAUGUUUGAGUGAGAGUCGGUGUUUGAGGAAUGUGGUUGUUUGUGUGGCUGGAAUGGCGAUACUUUGCUACUACUACUUCUCUAUGGAUGUUUCUGAUGUUAAAUCACGGGGUUACCCUCCAAGACUUUAUCAUGUAGGGUCUUCUAACCUAGAAAAUAAAGAUAUUAAUCACAAUUUCCGUUCACGAGAUUUACCUCAUAUUAUAGAAACACUAGGAGAAGAUGUAUGGAAAGCACUGGUGAACUCUCCCAUUGGAGUAGUUGCUAGGCUAGUUGAACGCCGAAGCGUGUGGUCUGGUAGAACAGUACACUAUCUACUAUGUAGACAGCUGCGAGUACAUAGGAAGGAGAUAUGGAGUCUGGUGGUUGAUGAGCCUAUCAGGUUUAGCUUGGUAGAAUUUGGUGAGAUAACUGGGUUAAACACUGGUCCAUUGCCAACAAAAAGUUUUGAACCUGAUCCUGAUAAAUACAAACCGUUUUGGGCGAAGCUGAAGGUGUCGCUUGGGAGGGGACCCACGUUGGAUGAACUGAAGAACUCAAUAGAGAUCUGCCCGAGUUGGACAUUUGAAGAGCGUAAAUGGCUAGGGCUAUUAGUUCUUCAACACAUGGUACUUUAUUGUUUGCAUCAAAAUUCUCGGGUGCCAUUUGAAAGUGCCAAAAGAGUGUUUGACGAUGAAGCCAUGAAGUCGUAUCCAUGGGGUCAGACUGCAUACGAAGUUCUCAUUGACUCUAUUAAAACGUUGGCUCCAGACAGGGGGUCAUACACAUUAAGCGGCCUAAAGGAUGCGUUAUUGAUUUGGGCGUAUGAAUCCAUCGUCUGCUUUGGCGAGUGUUUUGGGAGAGUGGUGCGUGUUAGGAGAAUGGUUUCGAAGGAGUCAAUCGAAGAGUUGUUGCCUGAAUGGUCGUGUCAACCUGACGACCCACAACUCGUUAACUUGAUAACAGACAUACAUGCAGGUAGAUUUGUGAAAGGUUUUUGGGAAGUGCAUGGAAAUGCGGAGGGGAAGGGUAACGAGAAGAAGAAGAAAGCUGAGCCACCCACUAAGAAGCAGAAUAAAGUUAAGACCAAUGAGGGUGAAGCUGCUGCAACGAGAAAGAGUUCAAGCGAAGAGGAAGGUAAUAAAGAUUCGGGGAACAACGCGAGUCUGAUGGCCAUUGCGAGUACUCUGGAUAAACUUUCCAGAAAAUUUGAUCUGAUGGACGCGCGAUUUAAAAAACCAUUGGUGUACCAGAAGUCGAUAGAUGACAUGGUGAAAGUUGCAGUGGAGGAGCGUAUGAAAGUUAUGGGGAUAGGAAAAAAUCCCCAAAACAAAGAAAACCUCUCAAACGUCGCCGCCGACCAACAACCUGAACCGUUGUCAUCACCGCAGCCUAAUACCCAGCAGAAGUCUGUCUGUAGUCCACUGUUAGCUGAAACCCCUGGAAAGGAUAUGAGACCUAGGAACAAUUUGUCCAACGAGCUUGAUAAGGAGAGAGGGAUGAAAAAAACUUUGGCUAAGGAGUUUGGAACACAUGCUGAAGAUGAGGGUGCUAAUGUUCUUAAUUUCCUAUAUGUUUCUCCUGCAAAGGCAACUAAGGCUGAAGACUUACGUCGCCGCUCCACGCGCAACCGUACUAUAAAGGAUGAGGAUGCAGAUGAUAAGAAAAAAGCUGUGCAAGCAGAGGCUGUGUUGAAGAAGAAGGAGAAAGCUGCCGCUAAGAGAAAAGCGGCUGCCUCAAUGAAGCAAAAACAGCCUGAGUUAAAGAAACCAAAACAGGCUGAGUUAAUGAAUGAAGAACAGGCUGAGUUAAAGAAUCAAUAA